AUGGCAGAGAAAUUUGAAAGUCUCAUGAACAUUCAUGGUUUUGAUCUGGGCUCUAGGUAUAUGGACUUAAAGCCAUUGGGCUGUGGAGGCAAUGGUUUGGUUUUUUCUGCUGUAGACAAUGACUGUGACAAAAGAGUAGCCAUCAAGAAAAUUGUUCUUACUGAUCCCCAGAGUGUCAAACAUGCUCUACGUGAAAUCAAAAUCAUUAGAAGACUUGACCAUGAUAACAUUGUGAAAGUGUUUGAAAUUCUUGGUCCCAAUGGAAACCAGUUAACAGAUGAUGUGUGCUCUCUUACCGAACUGAACAGUGUUUACAUUGUUCAGGAGUACAUGGACACGGACUUGGCUAAUGUGCUGGAGCAGGGCCCUUUACUGGAAGAGCAUGCCCGGCUUUUCAUGUAUCAGCUGCUACGUGGGCUCAAAUAUAUCCACUCUGCAAACGUACUGCACAGAGAUCUCAAACCAGCUAAUCUUUUCAUUAAUACUGAAGACUUGGUGCUGAAGAUAGGUGACUUUGGUCUUGCGCGGAUCAUGGAUCCCCAUUAUUCCCACAAGGGUCAUCUUUCUGAAGGAUUGGUUACUAAAUGGUACAGAUCUCCACGUCUUUUACUUUCUCCUAAUAAUUAUACUAAAGCCAUUGACAUGUGGGCUGCAGGCUGCAUCUUUGCUGAAAUGCUGACUGGUAAAACACUCUUUGCAGGUGCACAUGAACUUGAACAGAUGCAGCUGAUUUUAGAAUCUAUUCCUGUUGUUCAUGAGGAAGAUCGUCAGGAGCUUCUCAGCGUAAUUCCAGUUUACAUUAGAAAUGACAUGACUGAGCCACACAAACCUUUAACUCAGCUGCUUCCAGGAAUUAGUCGAGAAGCACUGGAUUUCCUGGAACAAAUUUUGACAUUCAGCCCCAUGGAUCGGUUGACAGCAGAAGAAGCACUUUCCCAUCCUUACAUGAGCAUAUAUUCUUUUCCAAUGGAUGAGCCAAUUUCCAGUCAUCCUUUCCAUAUUGAAGAUGAAGUUGAUGAUAUUUUGCUUAUGGAUGAAACUCAUAGUCACAUUUAUAACUGGGAAAGGUACCAUGAUUGUCAAUUUUCAGAGCAUGAUUGGCCUAUACAUAAUAACUUUGAUAUUGAUGAAGUUCAGCGUGACCCAAGAAAUCUGUCUGAUGUCACUGAUGAAGAAGAAGUACAAGUUGAUCCUCGAAAAUAUUUGGAUGGAGAUCGUGAAAAGUAUUUGGAGGAUCCUGCUUUUGAUACCAAUUACUCCACUGAGCCUUGUUGGCAGUACCCAGAUCAUCAUGAAAACAAAUAUUGUGAUUUGGAGUGUAGCCAUACUUGUAACUACAAAAUGAGGUCAUCAUCAUAUUUAGAUAACUUAGUUUGGAGAGAGAGUGAAGUUAACCAUUACUAUGAACCCAAGCUUAUUAUAGAUCUUUCCAAUUGGAAAGAACAAAGCAAAGAAAAAUCUGAUAAGAAAGGCAAGUCAAAAUGUGAAAGGAAUGGAUUGGUUAAAGCCCAGAUAGCUCUAGAGGAAGCAUCACAGCAACUGGCUGAAAAAGAAAGGGAAAAGAACCAGGGAUUUGACUUUGAUUCCUUUAUUGCAGGAACUAUUCAACUUAGUUCACAACAUGAGCCUACUGAUGUUGUUGAUAAAUUAAAUGACUUGAAUAGCUCAGUGUCCCACCUAGAAUUGAAAAGUUUGAUAUCAAAGUCAGUAAGCCGAGAAAAACAAGAAAAGGGAAUGGCAAAUUUAGCUCAGUUAGAAGCCUUGUACCAAUCUUCUUGGGAUAGCCAGUUUGUGAGUGGUGCAGAGGACUGUUUUCUCAUAAAUCAGUUUUGUUGUGAGGUAAGGAAGGAUGAACAAAUAGAGAAGGAAAACACUUAUACCAGUUACUUGGACAAGUUCUUUAGUAGGAAAGAAGAUACUGAAAUGCUAGACACUGAGCCUAUAGAAGAUGGGAGGUUUGGAGAGAGAGGAAAUGAGGAAGGGUUUCUGAAUAACGGUGGUGAGUUCCUCUUGAACAAGCAGCUUGAAUCCAUAGGCAUCCCACAGUUUCACAGUCCAGUUGGGUCACCACUUAAGUCAAUACAGGCCACAUUAACACCUUCUGCUAUGAAAUCUUCCCCACAGAUUCCUCAUAAAACAUACAGCAGCAUUCUGAAACAUCUGAACUAA